GUAUUAGUUAUAGUAUUUCUUUCCACAAAGAAAAGUCUUUAAACUGGACGAGUAGAAGCAAGAGUGCAAAAAGACCAGGCAAAGAAAGUCUCCUCUAUUUAUUUGUUCUUUUUUUUUUAUUAUUAUUAUUAUUUUUUUUAAUAGCUAAAGAAAGACUCUUUACAAAAAUCAUCAAAGUAUAUACCAAGAAACAUAAAUAAAAAAAUUAAAAUAAAAUAAUAAUAGGGAAUUUUUGUGACAGCAACAAUAUUUAUACCAGCACCAAGAACCUCUUUCAAAGCAGAGUUACAACUUCAGAAAAAAAAAAAUAUAAAAAAAUAAAUAAAAAAUCAAGUACUUUGUAUAUGUUACUCCCAGCCCCAGUUAAACUUAUUCCAUGGCAUUGCCACUACCUUAUUUGAUUUUCAUUUUCAUUUGCAUUUUCUUACCCUUUCCUACCACAGCUCAAGCUUACAACAAUAUAACCUUAGGUUCAUUCCUCAAGGCAGGUGAUUCCUCUUCGUCGUGGGUAUCUCCUUCUAAAGACUUUGCUUUCGGGUUCAAGGAGAUUGAACCCGGAAGUUUCCUCUUGGCCAUUUGGUUCAAUCAAAUCCCUGAAAAGACCAUUACAUGGUGUGCCAAUAGAGAUCAUCUUGUAUUGAGUGGCUCGAAAGUAGAGUUGACUACUGACAAAGGUUUGACACUAACCAACUCCGAUGGGCUAGAGAUAUGGAGAGCUAAGUUGGUAAGCAAUGGCAGCAGUCGUGGUGAAAGGCUCUCCUACGCAGCCAUACUUGACACUGGCAAUUUCAUGCUGGCAACUCAGGCUUCGGCUAUACUUUGGCAAAGCUUUGACGAGCCAACUGACACUCUUUUGCCCACGCAGGUACUGAACCUUGGUGGGAAGCUCAUUGCUCGCUUCACAGAAAAAAACUAUUCAGGUGGCAGGUUUUCAUUUACACUACUAAGAGAUGGAAAUGCUGCAUUAUACACCACACACUUCCCUCUUUACAACAGUUUAAACGAAUACUACUUGUCUUACAAAGAGGUAGGACACCAGGUGGUUUUUAACCAAUCUGGCGUCUUGUAUCUUGUAGCCAGAAAUGGUAGCAUUGUUACUGACAUGUUCUCCAAUGAAUUAUCUGAAAAACAAGUGAUCUAUCAGAGGGUAAUUCUUGAAUUUGACGGUGUUUUAAGACAUUAUGUCUACAAAAAAUCAUCGUCUCUUACCGGUGGUGGAUGGUCAAUCAAGUCUUUUGCUCCAGAUAACAUUUGUACAGCUGUUAUACAGAAAACAGGCAGCGGGGUGUGUGGUUACAACAGCUACUGCAAGUUAGGAAACGACAGCAAACCGCACUGCAUAUGCCCUCCGGGCUACACAGUUUUAGAUCCUGAAGAUGAGAUGAGUGGAUGCUUCCAGAGUUUUCUUCCACAGAGCUGUGACAAAACAACACCAGAAAAUAAUCGUUUUGAUUUCAAGGUGCUGAAAGAUGUAGACUGGCCGCUGUCUGAUUAUGAGCACUUUCAGAAUGUUUCCAUAGAUUGGUGUAGAGAAGUUUGUCUGGCAGAUUGCUUCUGUGCUGUUGGAAUUUUCAGGGAAAGUAGGGAUUGCUGGAAAAAGAAGCUUCCUCUCACAAACGGGAAGGAUGAUGGUUCUGUUGGUCGAACAGCAUUUAUCAAGGUCAGAAUUAGCAGUGGCUUCAAUGAAAGGCAGUAUAACAGAAUAAAAAAGGUGUUGACAGCACUUCUAGCUACGUCAGGGUCAGCCAAUAUUGUUUUGCUUGGUAUUGUUGUCAUCGGAUUUUAUUUCUUUGAACAUCGUAAGAACCCAAAAGUAAGUGGAAAUUACAGUGUCCGCAGCUUCAGCUACAAGGAGCUUAAUGAGGCUACAAAUAGGUUCAAUGAAGAACUAGGACGAGGCGCUUUUGGGGUGGUCUACAAAGGUUUUAUCAGUGACCAAUUGGGCACUCAAACUCCUAUUGCUGUCAAAAAAUUGGACGCCUUGUCACAAAAUGCAGAUAAGGAAUUUAAGGCAGAAGUGAACUCGAUAGGUCACACGCAUCACAAAAAUCUGGUCAAGCUUGUAGGAUUCUGUGAGGAAGAAGAGCAUCGGAUGCUUGUGUAUGAGUAUAUGAGCAAUGGUACUUUAUCUGACUUCCUCUAUCAGCCUCCUAAGCCAACCUGGGAGAAGAGGUUGCGGAUUGCCCAGGGCAUUGCUCGGGGACUCUUCUACUUGCACGAAGACUGCAGCACCCAGGUCAUCCACUGUGAUAUAAAACCACAGAACAUACUUCUGGAUGAUGAUCAUAAUGCUCGAAUAUCAGACUUUGGAUUGGCAAAGCUUUUGAGAUUGGAUCAGACCCAAACAAAUACCGCACCAAGGGGAACAAGAGGAUAUGUGGCCCCUGAAUGGUUCAAGAAUAUGCCCAUCACAGCAAAAGUAGAUGUUUACAGCUUUGGGAUUCUGUUACUUGAGAUAAUAUGUUGUCAGAGGAAUGUGCAGGGUGAAAACAAUGAAGAGGAGGGUGUCAUCCUUCUGACUGAUUGGGCCUUCGACUGCUAUCAAAUGGAAACAAUUGACGAACUUGUCAAGGAUGAUACUGAGGCUCUAAAUGACAAGAAAAGAUUAGAAAGAAUGGUAAAAAUUUGUAUAUGGUGCAUCCAAGAUGACCCAUGUCUACGACCCACGACGAGGAGGGUCGUAGAGAUGCUUGAAGGACUCGUUCAAGUUCCGGAACCUCCGUGCCCAACCUCAUAUUCCACAUCCGAGACUACUUAGCUCUUUUAUGUUAUCUCCAGAUUAGUCAAGGCAUUUAUGUUGUCUGUAGUCAUUUUGUUGUGCUUGUUCCUGUUUGAGCUUUGUUAGUUUUUCAUGAACGUAGCAACGUUUAAAGUUAUGUAAGCUUGUAUUCUAAAUCUCAAAUAAAUUAGAAGCAAUGUAUUUUGUAUAUAAUAUAUCUAUAUUACCUUCAAUAGGCCAAUCCAAUCACCAUGUUUCAUUAA